AUGAGAUACUAGAUUAUCAAGAAAUUAAGGUAAUACAGACUGCGUAUAAAUUGUGUUUACUGUCAAAAUAUCAAAGGCAUUGUGUAAAUGCCAAAAGUUAAAUAUAUUUUAACAUUUGUCAUAUUAUUUGAUAUCAUUGCUAUUAAUUGCAUAGUGAUAUAUUUUUUACGAUAAACUUCAAGUAUUUCAAGAACGGUGAAAAUGAGUUCAAUUAAAGAAAUCAUAAUGGAAAAAGCAAAAGCAAUAUGUGAAAAAGAAAUAUCAGAACUUUUCAAAAUAUGGGAUGAAGUAGGUAUUAGAAAAGAAGUAUUAAAUACAUAUGCAGAUCAAGUUCUAAAUCAUCUUAUAGGUUUAAUGAAAGAUAUGGUAGAUGAGUCUAAUCAAAAAAAAAAAGAUCUCCUGAAAAAUGUUAAAGCACUAGCACAAUCUGCUCGAAAAUUUUCUAAAGAAUUAGGAACUAAUUUUGCAACAGAUUCGUAUGAUGAUUUACCAUUAAUAGAAUUAGAACUCAAAUUACAAGAACAAGUACAACAACUGCAGUACUUAAAAAAUCAACGUUUAAAGUAUAUUAAAGAAUUAGUAACAAAGGAAGCUGAAAUUUGCAUAAAAAUAGGUUUAAAGCCUAUUGGAUUUAAUUCUGAUCUUCUCUUAGAACAAGAAAUUAAAAAAUUUGAAAGUUACAUAAAUAUACAAGAAGUAGAAAAGAAUCGCUUAACAGAAAUGUUUAAAGAUUCAAGACGAUCAAUUAUUAAAAUGAUGGAAGAGCUUCAUAUUAAUCCAACUUUAGAUUUUGAAAAAAUUAUUUAUCACGAUCAUGGUAAUUUUAUUUAUUCUUCAAACAAUAUGACCAAAUUAAAAGAUCUUAAAGAAAAAUUGAAAAGCCAAGUUGAACAAGCAAAGUUACAAGCUCAAGAAAAAAAAGAAACUUUAAUAUCAUUAUGGGAUUAUUUAGAUGAACCUCAGAAGACUCGACAAGCUUUCUUUGAAAAUUAUUCAGGAUAUAGUAUGAUUACACUAAGUGCUCUUAAUACUGAAAUAAAAAGAUGUAAGGAAAAAAGAAGAGAAAAUGUUGCAACUUAUAUUGACAAAGUAAGAAUUGAAAUCGAAAAUUUAUGGAAAUCGUGUAAAUUUAGUGAACUUCAAAAAAAAUCAUUUACAGCUAUGAAAUGUCAAACAUAUACAGAUGAUCUUCUUACACUUCAUGAAUUAGAAAUAGAAAAUCUUCGUAAAUACUAUAAUUCUAAUAGAAAAAUGUUUGAGCUGUUGAAUGAAUGGGAAAUUCAGUUUGAAAAAUUGAAAGAAUUAGAUCAACGAGCAAAUGAUCCUGACCGUUAUCAUAACAGGGGCGGACAAUUAUUAAUGGAAGAAAAAGAGCGAAAAACUGCUGAGAAGAAACUUCCAAAAUUAGAAAGUCAAUUACAUAUUUUAGUUGAUGAAUAUGAAAAUAUUCACAAGAAAAUAUUUUUAAUAUAUGGUUUCUCUUUAAGAGAAUUCAUGAAUCAUAUUAGAGAAAAUUAUGAAAUUGAAAAAGAAAAUAUGAAAUUAGUAAGAAAACAAGCAAAAGAUAGGUCUACUAAAAAAACACCAUUAAGUACCUCUAAACGUACACCAGUUGUAACAAGUAUACUCAAGAUCACUCCUGCUAGCAAUAGACUAUAUACUCCAGGCGGAUCUAAUGUGUCUAGAAUUACUCCUUCAGCCAAAAGAAAACUACCAUAUGAUAUAUCACCUAAUAUAAUAGGCAAUAAAAAACGAGCUACAAAUACAGAAAAAAAUAAAGGAACUGUUCUUUGUAAUAAAGUCAGAAGAAGCAGUAGAAUACAUGGAACAAACGGAAGUAUAAAAGUAAAAUUUACUAACAAAAAGAAGCGGAAAUCGAAAAAUGAUACGACUCUUUCUGUGUCCUCAUAUGGAAAUUUUCAAGAGCAUCUUGCAAGUCGAGAUGAAUUACGAAGUUCUGUGCUUCCUGAAGAAACAUUUAAAAAAGCAGGAAUUGAUAUGACUUUGAUAAAAACACCAAUCAAACCUGUGAGAAGAAAAGUACUGGCGAUCAGUACACCAACAUCCGCGAAUCCAACACGCACGCUGCGUAGCACUCCGCGAAAUCCUAAAUUAAUUUCUACUCGAUUAAUUCCAGUAAAAAAGUCACCCCCCAUUGAAAUUUAAUUGACUAUUAAAUUAACUUUAUAUAAUGUAUUUUCUGUAGUCCAAACUUAUA